AUGACGGCUCACUCGCGGCGUCAGCGCAGCACCCCUUUUCUCCAGAGGAACAUCUUGCAAGGCAUGGGAAACUCUCAGUCGUCGGCUCAGAAGGCCGCUGCUGCUAGAGAACCCCCCAUCGACAAUGAUGACAACCGCGCCACCAAGCGUCGACGGACCGAGGCCAAGAUCCAACCUCACACCCUGCAAGACCAGCUUUUUCAUGCCCGCGAGGUUGGCGAUGUUCAACGCAACCUAUGCGUCCGCAUAGGCAAGAUCAGCCACAAGGAAUCAAAGCGCGUCAGCCUACCUCCGGACGCGUACGAAGAUGUCAUUAAGCUGCGAUCCAGGUGUAAAGUCAGCCUGUGGCACUAUGAGACGAUCCUCUACUGCAACAGCCAAGUCUGCGACAUCACGUCCUUCAAGGACCCUGGCGGACCCUUGCGCAUGGCCCGCGUGAGCCUGCCGCGCCCUUUUUACAUUCCCAAAGAUACCAUGCGCGUCAACAAUGAGAGGAAUAACUCGUUCGACCUGGCCGAUGAAUAUCGCCUCUGCAUCGAGUUGGAAGCCGCUGCUCCAACUGUGUGGCCUCCUAUCAUCUUGAACGGCGAGGAACCGGGCCGCUCGCACAAGUCUGAGGCACAUCGCUGGGUUUUCGUCGCCGCUAUGUCCAACCUGUUCUCAAGCAAGCCGGCAUCGCUGAUUCUUAAAGUGAGGACGGGAGACUCAGAGCUUGUUGCGACAGAUUAUGUGAUCGAGGUGGAUACCCUGUGGACGUCAGCGUUCGAGGCAUCCGCUAUCCGUCCUCUGGAAGACGGAGUCAAGCCGUCUAUUACCGUCCACCCGGAGCUUACUGGCGAUGCCUUCCCCGCGGAUUUCCAGCAAUUUGAGAGUCCGCCUGUGAGUCCUGUCAAGGAAGUGAGGAAUGGCCUUACAACACCUGUGAAGGGUCUCAGGAACGGCGUGGUCAAUGGGGACGCUCAUGAUGAUGACGAGGCAGAAGAGGAGCUCACUCCCAAUCGGUCUCUCCGGGUUCGUGGCGCCACUAAGAACUACAACCUCAAGGUUUUGAGCGACAAGGCUCAGGGCAGAGAGAAGAAGCAGAGGAGACGCCGGAACACAAACGCCGUUGAAGACGGAACUGUCCUCUACAAGAUGCCUAGUGAGCAGGUGCAAUUGGACAGCUUCCGCUGCGUUACCUGCGGUGCGGCCCAUGAUCAACUGCAGCAGCUGCAGGCCCAUCUUGUCAACCAGCACGCGGAAUACGACUUCAAACCAAAACGUUCCGCUCGGGGCUUGGAAUGGUUUGAAGUCGAACAUCGUUACAGGUCGUACAUGUUUGGUGCGGAGCCCUUCACACUGCGCCGUCCGACGAAGGUCUUUUCUUUGGAUCAGUUCGCCGAUGGAAAUAUUUCACAGGUGACCUCACGAUUGGAUGCUGAUGACGAGACUGCCUCAUCUGCCCAGCCCCGAGGCCGGAGUCGAGGUCGAAGCAGGCACUCGGCGACUAGGGCCCCGCCUCCAGAGGCACGUUCGAAGCUAAUCAUUCCGGAUAUCAAGCAAACACUGUACGACCCGGUCACAAGAGCCACGUUAGACCCGGGCUCGGAGUACAGGAAACCGGAACCCAGUGACCAAUGGCUGAUCCAAUGGCACCGGGACGCGUUAGCGGACUUCUCAGAUGUCCCGCCAGAUGAGAGAGAGUACAUGCAGGAGUGGGAUAAAUUCAUGCUCACGAAGCGUAUCUCAUCAAAUAUUUACUUCCCACGGGCAUGGCUGAGCUUUGUGAAGCUCAAGGCGGACUGGCUUCUCUCGUCUCAAAAUCGCAUGGUCGAGUUUGGAAAACACUUUACCUACCUCUUAGCCAGGAGCAGUCUGGACCAUGCUACCGUCGAAGAAGCUCUGGAGCACAUUUCAGUCUGCAGAGACAAGCUCGGUGUGCAGAAUGGUAAUAGCACAACCCCCAAGCCAAAAGAGUCACCCAAGGGGCCUCACAUCCGCAAGAGUGCCGCUGGCUGCCAGGAAUGUGGGAAGCGUUUGUAUCACUCGGACUGCAUCAGCGAAAACGCCAAAAAGGACGUUGAAGCCCCCGACUGGCUCUGCAACGAAUGCGUCGGCAAGCAGGAACAGCAGUCUAGGUAG